GCUCUGGAGAAUAAACAAGAGCGGGGUCGGGAUGAGGCGGUGGAUGAGCCCCGAGCAGCGAGAGGCGGCGACCGAGGCGGUGAUCCGGGCCCGGCGCCGACCCUGAGCGCGGCCCACCCCGCCCUCCCGCGCGUGCGCCCCCGGCCGGGCCGCCCCGAUCCGCGCGCCGCGCACCCCAGCCAUGAACCUGGCCAGUCAGAGCGGCGAGGCCGGCUCCGGCCAGCUGCUCUUCGCCAACUUCAACCAGGACAACACGUCCCUAGCUGUUGGUAGUAAGUCCGGUUAUAAAUUUUUCUCCCUUUCUUCUGUGGAUAAGCUGGAACAGAUCUAUGAAUGCACCGACACAGAAGAUGUGUGCAUCGUAGAGAGACUCUUCUCGAGCAGCCUCGUGGCUAUUGUGAGCCUCAAAGCGCCCAGGAAGCUAAAGGUUUGCCACUUUAAGAAGGGGACCGAGAUCUGCAACUACAGCUACUCCAACACCAUCCUGGCCGUCAAGUUGAACAGGCAGAGGUUGAUCGUGUGCCUGGAGGAGUCUCUGUACAUCCACAACAUCCGGGACAUGAAGGUUCUACACACGAUCAGGGAGACGCCCCCAAAUCCCGCAGGCCUGUGCGCGCUGUCCAUCAGCAACGACAACUGCUACUUGGCGUACCCCGGCAGCGCCACCAUCGGGGAGGUGCAGGUCUUCGACACCAUGAACUUGAGAGCUGCCAACAUGAUCCCAGCUCACGACAGCCCUCUGGCGGCCUUGGCUUUCGACGCAAGUGGUACCAAACUCGCCACAGCCUCGGAGAAGGGGACCGUGAUUCGGGUAUUUUCCAUUCCAGAGGGACAAAAGCUCUUUGAAUUCCGGAGAGGAGUUAAGAGGUGUGUGAGCAUCUGCUCCUUGGCCUUCAGCAUGGACGGCUUGUUCCUCUCCGCAUCCAGCAACACGGAGACUGUGCACAUCUUCAAACUUGAGACUGUGAGAGAAAAGCCUCAGGAGGAGCCCACCACCUGGACCGGGUACUUCGGGAAAGUGCUCAUGGCCUCCACCAGCUACCUGCCCUCUCAGGUGACAGAGAUGUUCAACCAGGGCAGAGCCUUUGCCACCGUCCGCCUGCCCUUCUGCGGCCACAAAAACAUCUGUUCACUGGCGACAAUUCAGAAGAUUCCCCGGUUACUGGUGGGCGCAUCCGACGGGUACCUGUACAUGUACAACCUGGACCCCCAGGAGGGGGGCGAGUGCACCCUGAUGAAGCAGCACAAGCUGGACGGCACUAUGGAGACAACCAACGAGAUCCUCGACUCCGCGUCUCACGACUGCCCCUUGGUGACUCAGACCUACAGCCCAGCAGUAGCAAAAGCCUGCCCGGGCGAGCUGGGAGCCGUGGGCGGGGCCUGCCUGGAGGACGAGGCCAGCGCCCUGCGAUUGGAUGAAGACGGCGAGCACCCGCCCAUGGUCCUUCGGACGGACUGAGCUUGGCCUGUGAACCCCUGAGCAGAGAGCAUUGGCUUGCCGGAGGACCUUGUGUUAUGCUGCUGUGAACUUUGACCUGAAUUGGGGGAGAGGAUGGCAGAGACUUUAAAAAAAAAAAAAAAAAAAAAAGAUUAUAGCUGUAGUCAGAUUCUAUACUGUUGAGAAAUACAUUGUUUUCACUUCAGUGGCUUUUAAUUCUGCUUAUGCAUUUUAGCUUUCUGUUUUCUGUUUUUGCCAAAAUUAACUGUUUGGUGAAGUCCUUGAAACCUCCUUGCUUUGCAUGCGUCCUGUGCCAAGCCAGCCCUGGAGAGCGAGAAGCUGCUUUAUCACAAACUGACAUCACUUGGUUUUUUAAUGUCUGUACAUAGCAAUGAAUGUGCCCAUGUGGUGUCGGGUGGGGCGGGUCCCCCUCUGCUGGGCCGGGGUCUCCUGGUGCAGGGCUUGUCAUGUGCCGGGGCCCUGGGAGGAGAGGCCUCUCCCCAUAGACUCCCGCUGGACCCCUUCUCCCCUUUUUGUUUUGUUAAUUAAAUUUCUUCCAGAUUGGAUUCAGAAUUCUGGGGUUUCUUCCAGAAUGGACUUUAUUUCUGAUCUUGUUUUCCACGUGGAAGAGAGAGUGGUUACUUUUGACAUUUAAAACCUUUCCUCCUGAGAGCAAAUGAACUUGAAAAAAUACCUGGGAGGAAGGAAAAUGAUCUAGUUUGCUAAUUAAAUCAUCCGUCCCUUUACUUUCA